AUGACAGCAGCCACGGUAGCCGUCAGAACCAAUAGGAUGUUACUUAGAGAAUUGAACAUUCCUGUCCAUCGCAUUACAUACUGGACCGACAGCAUGGCCGUUCUACGUUAUAUUCAGAAUAGUACGGCGAGAUUUCAUACUUUUGUGGCAAACAGAUUAGCAGUUAUCCACGAAGGGUCACAACCAACUGACUGGAGAUACAUUAACACAAGGUUGAAUCCAGCGGAUCAUGCAUCUAGAGGUAUCUCUGCAGAUGGCUUAUUGAAACAGGAGAACUGGAUCAAACCCUCUAAUUUCUUGUUUGAACCUGAGGAUCAUUGGCCAACACCAGCUUCACACCUCACUGACACAGAACUGUUUGACAACGACCCAGAGGUGAAAAAGGUUACUGUAAAGACAGUUGUCACAAAAUCACAGGAAUUACAAGAGAACACAGCAGAUAUUAAUGAGCUGUUUCAACAUCAUUCGUCUUGGUAUUUAUUAAAACGUAGUGUGGCAUGGAUUUUGAAGGUGCGUAAAGAACUGUUAAGACGUGUUCGUGUGAGACUGUUCGAGAUGUGCUUACUAGAGACUUUGAAUAUAUGA